AUAUCAAAAAACUGUGAUUUCACAGCCAUCUCAGAUACAAGACAGAAGCCAUUGCAAUGGUUUGCCAUUUUCAGGGUUGAUAGUAGGAGCAAAGAAAAUGUAAACAAAUUAUCUUUUAGUUGUGACCCAUUUAACCAAUUCGUCGUCAUAUUUUAUGGACAAAGAGUGUCGAUCUCACUCUCUGCUUGCUCCACCCCUGAAUUCUUCCCAUCCUCCAUCUGUACAUUCCCUUCAAACUGUCUGGUUACCGUGGCAACUACAUCCGUAAGGCAAGAAGACAGAAGAAGAGAAGGAUGACAAGGGAGGGUGGGAAAAUGGCGUCAAUCUGCACUCUGCUGGCAUGUUCGUGAAUCUUCUUCUAUUUUUUGGAGCUUUGGUUUACUCUUCAUGCUGCCCUGGAGUGAACGAAUACGGAAGUAAUCUGUAAAAGAUGAUGUCUGCUGGUGCUUUUGGAUAGUCAGCUAAAGCGAUUCCGGGGUUCUGGAUUCAAUCAUAACCCAGAGUCUAAAUGUUGAGAGCUGCUGCGCAGUGAGAAGAUGGCCAGUGCUGUGGCUUCCUACGACCAGCUGGCCCACCAGGUGGAGGUGCUCCGCAAAGAGAACUCUCACCUGAGGAGGGAGCUGGAGGACAAUUCCAACCACCUUUCCAAACUGGAGACAGAGACUUUUGGCAUGAAGGAGGUUCUGAAGCAGCUGCAAAGUAAACUGGAGCAGGAAGCAGGAACUCUAGCCUCGUCUGGGAGGAGCGACGUGCUGCACCAACUGAAAGAGUUACACAUGGACCUGACCAACUACUACGAACUCAAACACCAACCUCACAACCUGAGACUGCUAACUGCUGGUCUGGGGCGGGUGGGGCUAUCAGGGGCGGGGCCUGCUGCAGCUGGAGGUAUGGAACUGGGCAAUCAUCUGGCUCUGCCUCCAUCCUCCUCCUCCUCUGUGGCACCAGUUAGCAGGUCCAAGAGUCCACUUAGACCUGCAUCACGUCAGAGCAUGGUGUCCACUGGGGAGGCGGCCAGCCUCAUGCUGCCGCAUCACUUUCUGGACGGAGCCCCGCCCAAGACAGCUGUGAUCUGUGGAGCAGAUGGAAGACUGAGCGAUCAUCACCUGGAGGAGUUGUACAAAGAAAGGAACCUCUUGCUGGGGGAGAUCGACCGGGAGGAGCGUGAGCGCUGCUGGUACUUCAGCCAACUGGAAGCGCUGUCGCAGAAGCUGUCUCAACUGCCACGCAUCGACACGUUUUCUCUGCAGAUGGACUUGAUCCGGCAGCAGCUGGAGUUUGAAGUUCAGCAGGUUCGAUCCGUAAUGGAGGAGCGAUUUGGUAGUAGUGAUGACAUGGUGCAGAGGACUCAGAUGCGGGUUGCUCGCCUGGAACAGCUGGAAAAGGAGUUGCAGGAGACUCGAGGGAGUCAGGAGAGCCAGCUUCAGCUGUCUGGAACUGAGAAGCCCCCUGCUGGAGAACCAGAGAACAGCAGCUCAUCCUCAGCUCCAGUUGCUGGAGCAGAUGCUGCAGAUGGAGGCAGUAAGGUGGAGAUGGUUUUCUGGCUGCUCUCCAUGCUGGCAAACAGAGACAAGGAGGAAAUGUCCCGGACCCUGCUGGCUCUUUCCAGCUCCCAGGACAGCUGCAUCGCCAUGAGAAAAUCCGGCUGUGUACCUCUGCUUGUGCAGAUUCUGCACGAAGCCCAGGACGGCGCUCCCACGGAGACGCCGGCCGGCUGCAACUCCAGGGGCUGCAGCCGUGAGGCCAAAUCGAGAGCUAGCGCUGCCCUCCACAACAUCAUCUACUCCCAGCAGGACGAAGGCCAAGCCCGCCGAGAGAUGCGGGUCCUCCACAUGCUGGAGCAGAUCCGGACCUACUGUGACAGUGGCUGGGACUGGAUUGAGAGCCACGCCUCUACACCAUCACAAGGAGGAACCAAAAUAACAGAUAUUCCAGAACCUGUGGAUCCCCAGAUCUGCCAGGCCAUGUGUGCCAUCAUGAAGCUGUCCUUCGAGGAGGAAUAUCGUCGAGCCAUGAAUGAAUUGGGUGGUUUGCAAGUGGUGGCAGAUCUGAUCCACCUUGACAACGACAUGUACGGCAUGUUGAAUGACCCCAUCAACAUGGCGCUCCGCAGAUAUGCGGGCAUGGCUCUGACCAAUCUCACCUUUGGUGAUGUCGUCAACAAGGCCACCCUGUGUUCUAUAAAGAGCUGCCUUCAGGCUCUGGUUGCUCAGCUGGGUUCUGAUAGCGAGGAACUACAUCAGGUUGUCUCUAGCAUCCUAAGGAAUCUGUCCUGGAGGGCCGACAUCAGCAGCAAGAAAGUCUUGCGGGACAUUGGCUGUGUGUCUGCACUCAUGACCUGUUCUCUCCAAGCAACCAAGGAGUCGACACUGAAGAGUCUUCUAAGCGCUCUGUGGAAUCUGUCAGCUCACAGCAUCGACAACAAAGUGGCCAUCUGUUCGGUCAAUGGGGCUCUGGGCUUCCUGGUUAGCACCCUGUCAUAUCGAUGUCAAACUAACUCACUAGCCAUCAUCGAAAGUGGUGGAGGGAUCCUCCGAAAUGUGUCAAGUUUGAUUGCCACACGGGAAGACUACAGGCAAGUCCUAAGAGACCACAACUGUCUCCAGACACUGUUGCAGCAUCUGCGCUCUCACAGUCUGACCAUAGUAAGCAAUGCCUGUGGUACUCUCUGGAACCUUUCUGCCAGAAGUCCAAAAGACCAAGAGCUGCUGUGGGAUUUGGGGGCAGUUGGCAUGCUGCGAAACCUUAUUCACUCAAAGCACAAGAUGAUAGCCAUGGGCAGCGCUGCAGCUCUACGAAACCUUCUCACCAAUCGGCCACUGAAGUACAAGGACACCGCAGUUGUGUCUCCUGGCUCCUGUAUGCCCUCGCUCUACAUGAGAAAGCAAAAGGCUUUAGAAGCGGAGUUGGAUGCCAAACACCUGGCAGAGACAUUUAACACCCUUGAGAAACAGAGUCCCAAGCACCUUACCCUUAACAAGCCACUGCGGCACAUUGAGAGUCUUGCAAAGGAUUAUGCGUCUGAUUCCGGUUGCUUUGAUGAUGACGAAGCCCCAAAUAUCUCUAGCAGUCUGGAUACCGGUAGUUUUUCCAUGCUGUCUAUGUUUCUUUCUAAUUCUAAUGUCUUGCAAAACCAGUCUCGUAAGAGAGACAUUGAACCUGAGCGAGACAUUGAUGUCCCUCAGAUGACUGAGACAAGACUUGUAUCUUCCGAUGAUGUAGUCUCUGCAGCAGCAGAGAAACUAGCAAAGAAAAUUACCACCACAGUUGCCAAAAUUGAUCGGUUGGUGGAGGACAUAACUAUGCACACAUCCUCUGAAGACAGUUUGAGCCUCAGUUCUGAGGACCAUCUUGCAGACUGGCCUUAUGCGAUGGAUGAAUUGAAUGAAGCUCGUGCAAACUCAUGUUCGCCUUGCCAUCUUUCUGACAUAAGUAGUUUGGUUCACAGAGAACGUCUCAGUAGAGCUCAUGCUCUCUUACGCCUCAAAACAGCACACACAAGUGUGUCAACAGACAGCCUGAACAGUGGCAGCACUAGUGAUGGCUACUGUGGCAGUAAAGACCAAAUGCUUGCUGCACCAAGAGCUGAGUUGAUAAAACAAAGACCCACUCAACUUGACCUCAAGGUGGGUCAUCAAGAAUACCUUAAUGUGGGUCCAUCUGUCCAGAAUGAAACCAAACAGGACAUUCCAGAAAGAGAUUAUGUAGACAAUAAGGAUUUGAGAAAUGUAGAGCUCAGCAACACCGAAACUGAAAAGAACCAAGAACCAUCGGUACAAACACCUGUCAGUGCAUCCACUAAAAUGUCCUCUGAUGUUAGCAUGACAUCGAUCAAGCUGUCUCCUUCUUACCAACAGGUCCCACUCAUUCAAAGUGUGACCAAAUUUGGUGUUGCAAAAACUGCUAUCAAUGUGCAGGCUGCUCAAGCCAUGAGGAGGCAAGCAUGGGUACCCACUGCAAUGACGGGGGGUAGUAUUACAAAGUUUUCCCCUUUGACUUCUGCGAAAAGUCCAACCAUUGGCACAAUGGAGACAGUUCAGAAAUACUCUGUGGAGAAUACUCCAAUCUGUUUCUCUCGCUGUAGCUCACUGUCGUCUCUGUCUUCUGGUGAAGGAGCAUUGGAUGAGCAAAGUGAAAAUGAACUGGAGAGUGACUCUUCGUUAGAGAUAAUCGAAGUGGAGGAUGGAGAAGUGGUGAAGAGAGAGCAGGAAGAUGAAACAUUAGAGGAUCUAAGUGACAGCCAGCUGCUGAUGACUGAUUCCAAAACCUUGCCCAGCAAAGACACAGAUCCCAUUGAGAUCUACUGCGCAGCUAAAAAAGAAAAGGUGUUCCUAAGGGGGGCCUCUCCAGCAGUGCUUGAAGACAGAUCUCCAUCUAGCUCCUCUGAGAACUACAUCCAUGAAACCCCUCUUGUAUUAAGUCGCUGUAGCUCCGUUAGUUCAUUGGGUAGCUUUGAGUCUCCCUCUAUUGCCAGUUCAAUCCAAAGCGAUCCGUGCAGUGAAAUGAUUGACGGAACAAUAAGCCCUAGUGAUCUUCCUGAUAGUCCAGGACAAACAAUGCCUCCUAGUCGGAGCAAAACUCCUUGCUGUGUUGAGUCAAAUGGAACUGAGGCACAGGGCACAGGCAUAGCAGGGCAAUGGGAAAGCAGUCUGCGAAAGUUCAUGGAGAUAACAGACUCCAAAGAGAGAUUCAACCUUCCACCUGAUCUUGACACUAUGAUCUACUUCACAGUAGAAAAGCCUAUCGAGAAUUUUUCUUGCGCUUCCAGCUUAAGUGCUCUGCCCCUUCACGAACACUACAUACAAAAAGAUGUUGAGCUGAAAUUAACACCUUUGCUGCAACAAAAUGAUACAAAUCUUGCACAUCCUGAUGAGGAUGAGCAAGGAUUUGACAAUGGAGAGCGAAACAGUGAAGGAAACUCGGAUGACGAUAUAGAAAUCUUAAAAGAGUGCAUCAAUUCAGCAAUGCCCUCUAAGUUUAGAAAAAUAAGGCCUUCGCUGAUGACCACUGUUCCUCCGCAUAUACUCAAUUCCCAGAUCCGAAAGCCGAUACAUCUCCCUGUUUAUAUGAUGCUUCCGAAUGGUAAAACUCAGAUGUAUCCUGGGAGAAGAAUUGUCAUACCACAAAAGGACCAAAAAUGUGAUGAUUCGUCCUAUACUGAUUCUGCAGAGGGUACAGCAGUAUACUUUUCCAGCACAACUUCACUAAGUGAUGAAACACUUCAGUAUCCCAUGAGAGAACGAGGGGCUAAAGACUGCACAGCCAAGGGUCUGAGCAAGCAGGAUCUGACGGACAAUGAGGCAAAAAGAAUUGAAGACUUGAGGAUCUUCUCGCACUUUCACAAACCCAACAGGGUGAACCACUCACCUGAGAAACAAAUGAGUCGGAGAAGCAAACAUGUGAUUUCCACUCAAAAAAUACUAAUGCAAAGCAAAGAAGUGGCCGACAGAGUGGCAAGCCAAAAACAUCGCGAGCAGUCUCCUAUUCAGCAAAAGAGACGACAAGGUCAAGUUCCUAUCAGAAAAUGUGACCUACCAAACAUAAAGCAAAAUGGAGCAAGUAGCCCAAAUGCAACAUCACAAAAAGGGAAAACGAUAUUUCGACAGAUGACAAAUUCUUCAGAGGAUAGCAACAGUUUCUUUGAUGAUGAAGAGGUCGUAAAACGAACCAGCAGAAAACAAAGUAGGGAAGCAAGUAGAAAUACACUCUCUCGGAGCAUGACAAAUAUAGGCAGGACAGAUAAUCCCUUAGGAAAUCCCAGAGGGUUUCAGAGGAUAAAACAAAAUCUGAUGAGGGAUGAAUUGCCAGCAUGUUACUCACUCAGCUCCUCUCUAAGCUCACUCAGUGAUGCUGAAUUUGAUAAUCAAAAAUCGAAAGCACAGCAAAUAAUGUACAAGAACAGACACAACAAAACACUGAACACAACACAACAAUCAAAGCCUAUGACCAUUCUCCAUCAAUGUGAGGAACAAAGCUCCCCAAGCUCUGUCAGCAUGGACUCCGAAGAUGACCUUCUUCAGAAAUGUAUAACCUCUGCCAUGCCAAAGCAGAGAAGGAAGGUGGUUUCCAGGAAGAAGAAGGGAGAAAAUACUCAAAAACAGAGGGCCUUUGAUGGAUGGGACUUGGAUGAAGAUAUGGACAGUGACGAAAUGGCAUGGGAUAAUGAUUCUGACCUCAACAGUGUUGAAUGGAGAGCCAUUCAGGAAGGUGCUAACUGUGUCGUGACUGGGUUACAGGCAUCAAAGUCUCAAGAGCAAUCCUCAGAAGAGACUGAGUCUGUUUUAUCGUUCAUGUCAACGUCUAGCUUCACACCAAAAGAACGAAAGUUUGCUAAGGAUAAAAACGCAAAUAAACCUCUGGAUUUUGCACCGCGCAAGCCAGUUCCAAACCUACCAGUGGUUCUUAGAGGCAGGACGGUGAUCUAUACACCAAAAAAAGAGACAGCGCCAUCACAAAGACCUCCUCCACGAAAAGUGUCUACAAAGACAGAUGCUCCAAAGAACCCAAAUCUUGCUCAGCAUAGAUCUAAGAGCCUUCACAGACUAGGCCAUCCCCAAGACACUGAGCUGUCUCUUCCAAAGAGGAGCUACACUCCACCUCCAAGGAUACCAAAAAGCUCAUCCUCUGGGUCUGGGUCAUCACAGAGUUCCACGCCAUCUAAGCAGUCGCAGAAGAAAAUAACAUCACCAACUCAGACUAAUAAAGCCAUUGAGAAAAAGAGUACAACAUCACCUAGUGGUUCAUCAGUAAGUAGUCCCCCUGAAAGAAAGGGGCGCUCUCCUGUAGUUAACAAAAAUGAGAAAUCUCCACCACCAAAAACACAGAAGUCACCUGUUCGAAUUCCUUUCAUGCACACUUCAACCAAACAACCCAGACCACUGUCACCAUUGGUGACUAACCAUACAGUAAAUAGGCAAAUUAGUCAGGUCAAUGGUAAAAGGAUGGCACCGGUAAAUAAAUUUGACCUAGUUAGGAUGACCUCUGUCCAUUCAAAUGGUAGUGAGUCUGACCGCAGUGGAUUCUUGAGACAACUGACUUUCAUAAAGGAAUCAAAAACUGCGCUAAGGCGGGACAGCUGUCCUCGCAACAUGCCAGGAUCACAGAAUGGGUCGCCUCGUAGAGCAGUUCCUGGAGCUCCAGCCGUCUUCCUUUGCUCGUCACGCUGCCAGGAACUCAAGGCCACAGUGCAAGCCCCAAAAAGAGUGCAAGUAAAAGAUCCUCCACAAACAUGGCAAGAUCAGAAGCCUACUCAAGGCCUUCAGAAGCAGACUUCUACGCUGUCAAGAGCAACAUCUAGUGAAAGGGAUCUAACAAAGCGGGCAGCCAGGAGAACUAGCUCUGAAAGUCCCUGUAGGAUGGCAGAGAGAAAUGGGCCUGCCAGAACAUCUGGAGGGAAAAAGCAACAAGACAAAGAUACAUUUAAACGCCAUGCCUCAUCUCCAAGUAUAAACAUACUCAGUCGAGUGACCAGCCGUUCUUCUUUGCGCUCAUCUUCAUCGGAUUCCAGUGGAAGAGCAAAGAGCGAAGAUGACACAAAGAAGAAAGGGCAGAGAUCCAUGUCCCGACUUAAGGAUCGAGCCACUUGGAAAAGAAUUAGAGAUGAAGAUGUACCCCAGGUCUUGAAAAGUUCUUUGCCAGCAAAUGCAUUACCUCUGGUGCCUUCUCCUGAUGGGGAAAAGCCAAAACCUAAAGGACUCCCAGGAAAAUUGCCAACGAUUCUACUUGCAUCUCGCAAGACGAGUGACGCAAUUGUUCAGACGGAAGAUCUUUCCAAUAAGACCCACUCGAGCACAUCUCCGACGGCAGAAACAGUGCCAGGGAUGGCAGAAGAAGUAACAAAAAUGGCUCUCCUCAGAAAGAUUAACACCACUUCUGGGAGUACUCUUCAGGACACAGAGUCUGAUGGCUCGCAUAGGAGUCACAAUACCACAGGAAUGGCAGAAAGCCAUAAUGGUGGAGUUGUCACUUUCCGCCAAGGAUCCCCAAGCAAGGCCGCUCGAGUUACACCAUUUAACUACAUCCCCAGCCCUAUUUUUGGCUGCCUCCAAGAUCCACAAAGUCAAGCAGCUACAAUAUGUGAGAAGCCUGAGGUUAAAAAAGAAAUGUAGGUCAAUUAUGGGAUUACAAGUUGACACACGAAUGACUCCUGAACUCAGAUGGACACAAUGACCACUUAGUCUUUUACCUCGGGUAUUGCCCCUUUCCCUAUUAAUUUAUUGUAUUCAAAUUGCCCUCUCUGAACAAUGGAAGAGAGCUUCCAUCUCCAAUUCAUACCAAGUUGGAUAUAUGCAUUUUAUUUGAAUCAGACAAGAACAGCAUCCCAAAAACUGUUUGAGAUGCACUGUAGAAAAGACACAAAAAGACAUUUCACCCAAAAAGUGCAUCUUUUUAUACUUGUUUUGUAUUAGUUGAAUAACCAUCGCCUGGUAGAAAAAGUGGUAAAAAAAACACAAAGUAGCAGGUAGGUUUCUUUCUUUUAGCACGAGUUCUCAUCACCCUUCUUUACAGAAAAACUGUUUUAUGCAAACUUUUGAAGAACUUGAUUGGAUCCCCCCAAAAAACAGUGGAAACUGUGGCAACAAACUUUAUUUUAGUAUACAAAUUUACAAUUCCAAUAAGCCUGUUUUUUAUAUUAAACACAUCCAAAUGUUGAGUCCUAACUUCAGCAGUUUGAUACGGUUUUACAAACAUUGUGAGAAUUUGAGGAUACAUGUGUUCCUACAAAAGGUGUUGAUGUUUUACUGUCUUGUUACCAAAAGUUAAGUCUAAACUAAUUGGGUGGAUUGCUAAUUUUAGUCCUACAUCCAAUUAUGUGUCAAAAGCGUUGGUAAGGUUUGGGCAUUGGUAUGUAUUUGUUGAUAAUACCAGGGCAGUUAUGAAAAACAAAAAACGAAUUAUUUCUUCACACAUCUGUUAGGACACCAAUCCACCCAAAAAGUUUUUUUUGUAAAGUGGGUUUGCACCAAAUCAUAUUACACAAUAGUGGUCGGCCUAUCGGUUUGAAAGAUAAAAAGGGAUUUCUCAUGUAGAAAUUGACUACCAGUAAUUGCUUUUCCAUUAACAUGCAAUGCUAUCUUGCAAUGGAAGUCAAGUUUUUGGAGCCUGGGGAUUUUCUGGUGUUAGCAUUGUCCACGGGAGACCUAGCAUGACACAUGCUGCAAGCUCUUACUCACAAAAAAGGUUUUUGGAUGCAAAAUGAAUGUGGUGUCAUAAUGUGUUUCAGUUUACUUAAAGUGCUCUACAAUGGUGGCUCCUAGACUAAGCAGCUGCUAGCUUCUCAUUAAAAUCUCCCCUUGAUUAUCCAAACCCAGUGUCUGCACUGCUUUGACUUAUGACACUAGUAAAAAGUGUUUUGUUAAAGCCAACUUGAAAAGAAAUAUCCUAUAAAAACACUAAAUUUGGCAAUUUUAGUAAAUAAAUACCCUAGCACAGUAUUUUAGGGUAGUGGAAUUUCAUUAUAUAACCAUAUUAGUGCAAAAAACCUUUUAUUAAAAAAAAGCUUUUAGUUUAUAUUGCUAGUAAAAUCCAAAUAACAUGUUAUGUUUACAUAAAAUAAAUAAUGUAAAAUUUUAUUCACAUAGCCCAAACUACCAUGAGAGAAAGUAUUACGGCAAGCAAUGUGAAUCUAAAACAAGACAGUAAAUCAACACCUUUUUUUUUGACAUUUUUGAACUAUAAAGCUUCGGAUCCCUUAACCUUCAGCAUUUUGUGUGUCUCAAUCAGUACUGUAAAUAUCAUGCAGGUAAACAGAAGCUUCCUGGUGUGUUACCCCCUGAAAGCAUGCUAAUAUACUCACUGACGGUACACACAACUAAACUCCCAUAAACCCUGCGGGGGUCACGGAUAUUGUUCAGUGGAAAUAUAUCUUCUUAAGACCUUUAUUCUUGUGCUGCAAAGACCUGUAAACAAACUGUUAUAGAUGAACAAUGCAACAAAUGCCUCUGUUUAUGCUUUGACCAUAUUGUUUGUGUUUGCUGCUAGAUUCAGGUACCGUUUACUGUUGAGUUUGUCAAAAUGUUCUUAGCAAUUAAUGGGUUUCGGGUGGACAGAUAUGCAUAACGACAGGAAAUAUCUUAAAGCUGUGCAUUUCAUUUGUUAUUGAAAGUUGGACUUUUUGUGCUAUAUUUUGGAAUGUCCCCUGAAAACAAACCCCUGGUGAUUCUGAUGCUUUAGUUUGGCACAUUGAGGGUAUAAGAGAACUAAACCGAGUAACCCCCUCCAACUUCCCGUUGCAAAUAGGAACUCCAAGAAGCCAAAUCCCAGACUUCUAUCCUAAUUUUUUAACGAUAUUUUUUCUGUAGUGAAAAAUUAUUAAAAUUAUAAACUGGCCAAUCAGGUGCCUCAAUAAAAAUAUUUGGUGUCAAGUCGAACGUUCGAAACAUCUGAUUGACAGAUUAUUCCAAGCUAGAUUUCAAGUGGUAGGGGUGUGGACUUCCAACCUGCUCACUGGUUGCCAUAGAAAUGUCGACUCAGCACAAUUCAGACCAAUCAAUGCUUGGUGACAUUGUCCAAUUCCAAGACGGUAACGUCCGUAUAACGCCAAAAACAGCGACCAAAUUGACUUCAUUUUGUUGGAGGCGGAAACGAGUCAUCUUCUAUGGAUGACAUCACACUCACUGGAUCCAGUUCUCCUAUACAGUCAAUAGUUUGGUAACAAAUCUAUUUCCUUUCACUGAUUAUUUCUACAAAUGUAUACCUGUUAACAUGUUUAGAAAUUCCAUUUCCCCCUCGAUACACAGUAGCACAUACCCUAACCUGACUGGCUUACUUGCAUACAUAUGGUCUGCACUGUUUGACAACUUUCUAAAAGUACUUCCUAAAGUACUUCCUUAACAACUUUUUAGAAGCAAAUUCCAUUCUUGGUAUUCUGUCUUGCAGGAAUGUUUAAAAGUUUUGAACAACAAAAAUGAGUUUUUAAAGUUUCCUCAAACUUGGAUUAAACCCUUCCCUAUAAAGUUUGCAUGAAUCAGAAAGUGCAAGGUAUAAGACUAAAUCGUGGCGGAUUUGAGACUAAAUGAAGAAUCUCUUGCUCAACCUGUCUGGGAAAAAUUUCGACAGGAGUUUGAAUCUUAGUCAUGAGAUUUCAAGAAAUUAAUCUUUUAUUCCCCCCAGAAUUUGCAUCUGUAACCAGUCAUCAGUCUGGUGAAAUGCAAUCAAGACUUUAUUCUUUUUGCUUUAGCAGCACGUCUAAAGACUCUAUUUGACCUAACCUUCUAAACAUGUCAUCAGUUAAGCAGAAUUAACAACUGGGAUUAUAUUUAACCCAAAAUGGAAUGUCAAUGCAUAGGAACGGCAAGUCUUAAGAGGUUAAAAAAUGUAAAUGUUUUUAUUCCACUACACUUGUUUAUUAUCAUUAUGGCAGUAAAGAUGAUUCCACAAUGCUACUUAGUAGCAAUCCAAUUGUCAGGCUGAUAUAUACAAAAAACUCAGCAGGUAAAAACUUCUUCCAAAACAUGAAUCUUCCAUUUUGUCUGUUCUAUAAAUCAGAUAAAAAGCUAAUAGACUAUUGCUAUAUGUUGCUAGCAGCAGUGAAGGCAAACGGCUAAAAACAGAAGCUUUCUAGUUAACUUUAACCUACAAACCUGCCAGCACACACGGGUUUAAAUUAGGUGUAGCGUUCACCUGUUUUACAAACAUUUUUACAGCUUGUAUUUAGUUGCACCUUAGAUCCGUGUCACACAGCCACUACAUACCUUUUGAACAUUUCCCACAUCUGUUAGUCGAUGUGCACAGGUUUUCGUUAGGGUUUCCAGCCAAUGAGUGUUUAUGUGAAUUAAAUUUUGAACUGUUCAAUUGGCUGAGAAUUAAGCAGCUCAUGCGUACUUUACAUAGUUUAGACGCAAUCAUCCUGUAAAUCUUAACGCAAUAGUGCACGAUUUUUGCAUGACUGCAUUCGUACAUUUGUGGCUUUCCAAGACCGUUCAACGAAUGUCCAUGUGUGUGUGUAACAAACUUUUUACACAUGUGGCAUUGAUGUAAAUGUUUAUAUCAGGUAUACGGCGCACAUAAAACGUUAAAAUUAUGUAAUUAACGCACAAAUCACUAUUCAAUUUAUGAAUGCACACACACACAGCACAAUAAUCCCACACAGUUCCUACACAACACUGUAUUGUGCGGCUUUUACGUUGAUUUAUGUGUUCUUUGCGUGGUUUAUUUGUACUUCUUCCGUGGUUCAUUCGUAAUACAUCUGUGAAAAUUUCACGUAUAGACCAAAACUUUUCUGACUUAUAUUCAUGUAUGACCAAUUUUUAUCCCUGCAAUAUGUGCAAAAUGUAGGUAGUGGCUGUGUGACACCGCCUUUAUAUUCAGGCCGGCUUCCAAACGAAUAAAACAGUUUUUUUGUUUAAUAUCUUAUGUCCUUUUUGUUAAAGAGAAUGAAGGGAUGGAGAAAAAAAUUGAUUAAAAUCGGGGGGAAACAGAUUUUAUUUCUUGGCCAUAUCGCCCAGCCCUGGUGUGGCGUGGUUCCAACUUCACAAAUGAAACACUGUACAACAUGUUAAUAUCUGCUUUACUGUGUGACUUUGAAAGUAGGGCUAGGUUGGGAAGAUCAACAAGACGACUAAUAUUCUCAACUGUAUACUAUCGGGACAUUAUCUAUUCAGGGGCUGAAUAGUUUUCUUGAAGCAACUUGUGGAUAAAAAACAAGUCGCUCCUGAAUGCAUCCGUUUCUAGUCCAACUGUUCUUAGAAUCUGACAGUGAUGUGCUGCUAAAUUCUGUCUUUAAAUAAACAAACAUUGAAGCAUUUCCUAUUUAAAGAGGCUGAUUUCUCAGACAGUUGUUUGCUUCAAGACAAGUGUGUUACAAAUAUCUACACUAUGAAGGAGACCAGAAGGUAAUUGGCAUUUUAUUGAAUACAUAAAAUCUCUUGUGAUCACUUUAAACAUUAGAUAUUUUACAUAAUGUCUAAAACAUCCGUCUGAGCUGUUUCUUCCUCAGCAGAUGCAGUAAAAUGACUGUAAAUGGACAAACGUGAGUAAAAGCAACACUUUAGCAGCUUGAACUUGUCAUGACAAAUAGAUUAACAAACGUCUGCAGCUCUUCACCGCCGCUGUUAACUGCCUCGUUCAAGACAGGACGGGAUCAAAGUUUGUAGCCGAGUCAAAUUCCCACCUGUAAGUGUACCAGGCCACAUUGGUCACUCAUUUGAAAAAGACAGGUUGUGUCAUUAUAAAUGCCAUCAUCUAAUAAAAGUGGUGUUUUCUUAAAA